AUUUAUUGGUUAACAGGUGUUGUCGAUGUCGCGAGCGCGCAUUUACACUAGACUAAACAUUGCUUACCGCUUGAUAUUGUUCGUUUGUACUGUCCGAUCCUGCUAGUAGUAGUAGCUACAAACUACAACAAAGUUAUUCAGUGAUUUGUGCUGAAAGUGUAGUUGUGUAAGACCAGCUUAUUGUUGCUGCCAGGACCAUUUCCUCUCAUUUAUUGGAGCCACGAGGAAUGGUUACAACUGAGCGAGCACACGCUGAUCGGUCAGUCGGAAGUCGCGGUGUUCUUCACGGGGGGCUGACGUGGUUGCUCCCGCUAAUCUCCGCAAGGGACUCCACUUAUUUAAGUGGUGACUCUUGCGGCUUUGGUCCUCAGUUAAGUUGUAAGCGAGGAAGGAGGCGGUCGUGUUGGACUAUUAACUCCUCAGUUGAAUGUUGUUACACACGAUUUUCCUGCAGAGGAAAAGAACAGAAUAGCAUUAGGAGGAGAUUCUAAUAGCCCUGUCAACGUACAUUUUUCCCGAUAAACUGUUGUCUCUCUCCACUGGCUUUGUUUGGAAUUGGAUGACGUUUCCGUAACAAGUUUCAGAUUUCGACCGGACAUUUCUCUGGGUCGGACCACCCUGUCGGACUUGUUUGGGACUCUCCUUGGUCAGUGGUCAAAGAGAAAGAACAUUUUUGCUGGCUUUGUGGAUUUUUGGAACGCCGUUGGUGAACUCUUUGCAUUGUUGAGAGGGUAACCAAAUUUGGUCCCUCGUCUUAUACCACCGACAUGCUACAUCACUCCACGAUGAAUGCUUUCUGGAGCAAACUCAGCCCUCUUCUUCUGAUCAUCUGCUCCUUACCCCUCAGUGGGGUUCACUCACAGAUUUCUGGGUAUGAGGCACCGAGUGUUAGCUAUAACUUGGCCGGGAAUUUGGGUUUUGCUGCCCCUCAACCACCAGCCGAUCCUCCGCCUGCCCCAGCUCCAGUCACAGGCUCCACGUUAACCUUCGUUUUUGACAGUACAGGCUCAAUGUUUGAUGAUUUAGUCCAAGUCAUAGAUGGAGCUGAAAAUAUUUUGAACACAGCCAUGUCCAGACGGGAACAGCCACUGAAGAAUUUUGGACUGGUGCCAUUUCACGACCCUGACAUUGGGCCAGCCACCAUCACAACAGAUCCAGACAAAUUUGUGGAGAAACUCCGCAACGUUUAUGUGAGUGGGGGUGGAGACUGUCCAGAGGCCAGUAUAGGAGCCAUCUUGCAAGCAUUAGAGAUGAGCUUACCUGGCUCCUUCAUCUAUGUCUUCACUGAUGCCCGCUCCAAGGAUUACCACCUAGUGAAUGAAGUCUUGAAAACCAUCCAAGAGAAGGAGAGCCAGGUUGUCUUUGUCAUGACUGGUGACUGUGGCAACCAUUCUCAUCCUGGAUUUAAGGCCUAUGAACAAAUUGCAGCCACCAGCUCUGGUCAAGUCUUCCUCCUUAACAAAUCUGAUGUCGAUGAGGUACUGAAAUUUGUAGAAAUAUCCCUUCAGUCAAGGAAAGUCAACCUGAUUGGAACCAAUCAUGACUCCAAGGCCAUCAUCUCACAUCGACUACCUAUCGACUCCAGACUCAAUCAGAUUACCCUGGCUAUCAGUGGAACCAACCCAUUCCUGGAAUUACAUGAUCCCACAGGGAGACCAGUUUCAGUUGGUGACCCAGGCGUAGAAAAACAACUGGAUUUAGAUAAUGUUUAUAUAUUAAGCAUUAAAAAUCCCAAGCCUGGAUUAUGGUACUUACGUGCCGGUAGCAGCGAUGUACACUCUGUGCGUGUGACAGGUCUUAGCCAGUUGGAUUUCAGUUACGGAUUCUCCCGGAAACCUACCAUGAACAUUAACAUGACAUCACAUCGGGCUCUCGUAGGUCUUGUCUACAAUAUCCUGAUCGAGGGUAAAGAGCUUCACCCCGCUGGUAUUUUCCGAAGACUUGACUUCCUCGAUCUCCAAGGCAAUGUCAUUGCUACAUAUCCCCUGACAGAGGUAGACCCAAUGAGGGCGCUCUACAUUGUCUCGGACAUCGUUUCACCCGAAGGGUUCUAUUAUAUCCGAGUCAGUGGUGUGGACAGUAACGGCUUUGAGUUUCAGCGAAUCACCCCAACUGCACUUGAAAGUUUAAAACCAGACCCUCCUCGUGUGAGGAUGUCACCAUGGACACCAGGUUACUAUGGUUCCACAUCAGUCAUCACGUGUGCAGUUGAAAGUCUGAUACCCUUUACUCUCCACUGGACCAGAGAUGGACUGGUCAUCAGUGAACCUGUCCAGUACAGUGAAAGUGCCGAUGCCACAUAUGAAAUUCAUAACUCUGUGACUGCCAAUGAGGGAUUUUAUGGCUGUAAUGCAACCAACACAGAAGGUUCCAGUAGAGCUGAAACUUACCUAGAUAUCACCGAGGCUCCGCCCAUCCUUGACACACCGGAGAACGUGACCGUCACACCAGGUGACAGUGCUGUCCUGUCCUGCCAUGUCAUCUUCAGUGCUGUAGAGUACAACAUGACAUGGGAUCGGCCAGGUUCCUUUGUCACGUUGGCCAUCCAUAAUCGGGUCUCCCAGCUGCAGAACGGUUCUCUGCUGAUUCAGAAUAUCAACCUGGCUGAUGCUGGUCGGUACCGAUGCAUCGCAGCCAAUGAGGGUGGACCGUCCUACGAAAAUGUCUACUUGUUUGUACAAGAAAAACCAGAAGUGAGGAUCAGUGGUGGCAACCUAACCUUCACCAGAGGUCAGAAUUUCUCCAUGACCUGUACGGCCAGGGGCUUUCCAGUCCCUCACUUGACCUGGCUGAAAGAUGGCCGAGAAUUACCCACGAUUCCCGGACUCAUAAUCGGUCCAGAUGGGGAACUGACUUUCAUUAAUGCCAGUCCAGAGGUGCAUGGCCAUUACACCUGCAUUGCAUCCAAUAGUGCUGGCGUAUCUGGAACAUUAUCGACAGUCCUUUACACUGAGAAGCCCAUCAUCGACAUGCCUACCCAUCAGCAACUAGCCACGCCCGGUGCCCUUUCAACCUACCUUCACUGCCCCGCAACCGGUAUCCCACCACCCAAGUUUACCUGGUUCAAGGAUGAAUUUGACCUAAGUGCUAUGAGUUUCAUCAGUGUCCAUAGUAAUGGAACGUUGGAGAUUCUGUCCGUCCAGAUUGUCGAUAAAGGAGUCUAUACUUGCGUGGCUACCAACACGGCUGGCAAUGAUACGGCCGCCAUUACUCUCGACGUUGGAGCUCGUCCUACUAUCUUGACCAUACCGGCUGAUAUUGGUGUCCAGUAUGGUCAGAAUGUGACCAUGACAUGCUUGGCCCGAGGUACACCCCAACCAGUCAUCAGUUGGAGGAGAGUUGGUGGUGUUCCCAUCGACAGUAGCCCUCGUGUCACUAUACAGAGCAAUGGAAACUUAGUCAUCAGAGACAUCAAUGUUGAGGAUGCUGGGACAUAUGUCUGUGAAGCAAUCAAUGAGCAUGGACGAGAUGAGGUGUCAGCCCAAAUACGAAUCACUGGCCUGGUUCGUCCGGACAUUGCAGACAGCCCCGACGUUUCCGAAAAAAUCGGCACAACGGUGACACUUCCCUGCACCCCUAUUCUUGGUAACCCACCCCCAACCAUUCACUGGUACAGAGAUGGUCUGCCCAUCAGGCAUGGAACCCACUAUCGCGUCAGGGAAGAUGGUAGUCUCAGGAUACAUCCAUUGCGACGAGAUGAUGCUGGAAUGUAUAGGUGUGUAGCAAGUAACGUUGCAGGGAAUGAUACGCUGUGGACUCAUGUUACUGUCCAAGUACCACCAACCAUCAACAGCACAGAAACCAGUUACACCGUUGUCUACCGUGACUCGGUUGAGCUGCUCUGCCCAGCGACUGGCUUUCCACGACCCACCGUCGCAUGGUUCAAGAACGGUGUUCCAAUCUCCUCUAAUGAGCUGAACCAAUAUGUAACAGACCAGGGGUCCCUAGUCAUUACAUUUGCCAAUGAAGAUGACGCAGGAACCUAUACUUGCAUGGUGUCCAACAAGGCAGGCAGCACAGAUCUGGAAAUAACUCUCCACGUCCUUUCUCCUCCAUCAAUCACUGAGCAACCCCUUUCCCCUAACCUCAACGUCACCGUUGGUAGCACCAUCGCCAUUAAUUGUGAGGCUGAGGGUCUGCCUCCUCCCACAAUCCACUGGCUUCGUGACGGGAACCAGCUACGCAGCAGUGGUGCUAACUAUGUGAUCGAUUCGUCAGGAUCGUUGACCCUGCAACGCAUAUCAGUUAAUGACCAGGGGCAGUAUGUCUGUGUGGCAUCCAAUAUUGCUGGCAACUCCACCAAGACAAUUUACCUCAAUGUUCAAGUACCUCCCAGUAUUCAAGAGAGCGGACCUAUCGAUCUGACUGUACUGGUUGGUAAUUCCAUUGAUUUGUCCUGUGAAGCACUCGGCAUACCUGCUCCUGAGGUUACUUGGCAGAAGGACGGUGUUCAGCUCAGACAGAAUUCACAGCUGAUCUUCCUGCCCUCUGGAUCUUUACGGGUACAACAAGCUGAUCAGAUGAAUACUGGUACGUACAUGUGUGUAGCCAGCAAUGCAGCAGGUUCAACAUCUAAAGUCAUCACACUCACUGUGCACACAUAUCCAAAUGUCACCAAUUUCCAGAGUGUCUAUAUUAUCAACCAGACUCAAUCAGUCACUCUCCGCUGCCCUGCAACCGGUUACCCACCCCCCACUGUCACAUGGACCAAAGACGGCAUGCCUAUCUCGGAGAAUGACUUGGACCGGUCAAAGUAUUUCAUUGAUGAGUCUGCUGGUACCUUGCAGAUCAUUGAUGCUAAAUAUGUGGAUUCAGGAACUUAUGAGUGUCUGGUUACCAACUUGGCUGGCGGUAUAUCCAAACAGAUCACAUUGACCGUUAAUGUCCCUCCAACCUCCGAUGGCGAAGUUGACAUCCGAACCCUGCAAGUCACUCAGGAUCAGUCCAUCUCCCUUCAGUGUGAUGUCAUCAGUUACCCUCCUCCUGAGUUUACCUGGCUGAAGAAUGGCCGUCGGCUUCCAGGAGACCUACGCCAUGUUGUCAGACCAGACGGAACCUUGGCUCUAUCCUCUCUGAGAUUGAUUGACAGUGGAACCUACACCUGUAUUGCUAGUAAUGUUGCUGGCAGUACCAACAUCAUCUAUCGGCUACAAGUGAUCUCACCCCCGUCGAUUGCACCAGGCUUGACCCAACUAACCGUUGAAUCAGGUCGAACCAUUGAGCUGUCUUGCGAAGUGGACGGUAUCCCGACUCCACAAGUGCAGUGGCACAAGCAGGGCAUACCCCUGGAUGUUGACAACAACCCGAGGAUAAACAGACUGGUAGCCGGGUCACUGAGGAUCCAAGGUGUGACAGAGGAAGAUACAGGAGAGUAUGAAUGCUAUGCAUUCAAUGCAGCUGGGUCCGCAUCCAGACUUAUCAAUCUAGAUGUUAGAGUCUCUCCCACUAUCCUUGAGACACCGCGGGAGUACACAGUCAAGGUCCGUUUCCCAGUCACCCUCCUGUGUCCUGUCACUGGUACCCCGAAACCCGAGAUCACCUGGUUGAAAAACGGCCAGGAGAUUGAAGAUGUCCGCUACUACCAAACACAAGAGGGCUCCCUCCGCAUUGCCUCGACCGUCAGGGAUGAUGAUGCCAACUUCACAUGUGUCGCCAAAAACAGUGCAGGCACCAGCUAUAAAGACAUCAGAUUGACUAUUUAUGUUCCACCUUAUGACCUGACCAUCGGUGAUAAGAUGUUUGACUUCUUCCUAAAUGAUCGCAUCUCCCUUCCAUGCGUCAUCGACAGCUACCCUCCUCCUACCAUCAUCUGGAAGAAAGAUGGAGAGGAACUUGUCAUCGAUGGCCAGAACUAUGUCCAGGAAAAGCAUUCCUUGGAGAUUCCCAGGGCUAAAGUGUCUCACUCGGGUGUCUUUGAGUGUGUGGCGACUAACAUUGCUGGUAACAUCACCAGAAGCAUGAUUGUUCAUGUUAUGGUUACCCCAAGGAUCGGCAUUGGUCCAUCUGUCAUCAAAGCCUUUGUUGGGGAUUCCAUCACCCUCCCCUGUGAAGCAGUAGGAAUCCCUGCCCCUGUUCACACUUGGGAGAAGGCAGGACGUCUCCUAGAUUUGGAGAAUGGCAGGAUUGCCCAGCUUUUCUCUGGAUCGUUAGCCAUUGAUAACGUGACACAAUCUGAUGCUGGGACAUACCUGUGUCUUGUCCAGAAUGACGCCGGAUCUGACACUAAGGAGAUCAGAGUUGUGGUUCAGGUUCCGCCAAUCAUCAUCCAAGACAGAGUUGAAAGGCUUGAACGACGAAUCAACAGUGAGGUCAAGUUAGACUGCAAGGCCUAUGGCGUCCCAGUCCCUGAGAUAACCUGGUAUAAAGACGGAAACAAAAUUCAACAGUACGAGAAUGGCUACACCAUCCUAACCAAUGGCACGCUUCUGAUCUCCAACCUACAACCUAAUGACAACGGCAUGUACGAAUGCUGGGCCAUGAGCGAGAGUGGAAAUGCAACACUAGAAAUCUCCAUAAACACACAAAUGAGGCCCUACAUUGAUGGUGAGAACACUAUCUUCCAACCUGAGACGGUCUCCGUUACCCAGUAUGGUAAUGUCUACCUACAUUGUAAUGUAACAGUAGCCCAUCCACAGGCUAGUAUCCAGUGGUAUAGAGACGGCCGGAUUAUCACCAGUCGAGGUGAUCAGGGAAUACAGGUAGAGAUGGGCGGAGCUCGGCUGAGUAUUCCUUUAAUCCAGGAGAGAGAUGCUGGAAUGUAUCAAUGCGUCGCUACCAAUGGAAUUGGCGAUAGCAACAAACAUUUCCAUGUCAGUGUUCAUGUCCAUCCAGUCAUCACUAGCUUACGUUAUGAGCAACUCAUCGUCAGUGCUGGGGAAUCGGUCAGCAUCGCCUGUGAUGCUACUGGCUAUCCUACCCCCCGCAUUGCCUGGCGUUUUGAGGAUCGUCCUGUCUCUGGUCAGAACCCACACUAUAAUAUCCACUCUGAUGGAACCCUGGAGAUACCCAGUGUGUUUGUGUGGGAUCAGGGACGUUAUAUGUGUGUCGCUAAGAGUGUUGCUGGGAAUGCCACACGUGUUGUUGACUUGAGAGUCAUGGUACGUCCAACCAUCACCCAAGUACAGACCUCCCUGACUCGCAUCGAAGGCUCUUCCGUUAUCCUACCCUGCGAGUCAGCAGGUGUACCAGAGCCCAGCGUGACCUGGGAGAAAGAUGGCAUGACCUUGAACCCUGACGACGACCCAGACAUGGAAAUGAUUUUCACUGGAUCAUUACGACUUGCCAAUGUGGAUGCCUCAGAUGCUGGGCUAUAUCGGUGCAUUGCCAGGAAUGAUGCUGGUCAAGCUUCAAUAGCCAUGACGUUUAUUGUGCAUACUCCACCUGUACCCGACCCAAACUUACCAUCGCAAAUCACCCCUCGUCCAUUCAAUGAUACCAUCAUCCCUUGCAAGAUGACGGGUAAUCCCAAACCACGCAUCCGAUGGUUCAAGAACAACCUUCCCGUCGCAGUCAACCGAGGGAAGUACAGGCAACUUGCCGAUGGUUCCCUCCUGAUCCGCAGUGUGCAUGCCAUGGACAGCGGUCGUUACACCUGCGUUGGUGAAAAUGGUGUCGGCGUGAAAUCCAACAGUGUGGAUCUUGUUGUUCCCAUCCCUCCUCGCAUCCCUGACUCCAACACUCCAACUGAGUACCCCAUCUCAGAGCUCAUGCCUAUCGACCUGCAAUGCUUCAUUACCGACGCCUACCCCCCACCCAUCAUCAUGUGGUUCAAAGGUCGUGAGCUGUUGACUGAUGACGACGAUGGCAUCACCAUUCAAAAUGAUGUGCUCCAUAUUGAUGCCAUUAGGAUUGAAGACGCUGGAGAAUACAGCUGUCUAGCUUUCAACCUGGCUGGCAACGCCACUAAGAUCUGGAACAUCGAUGUACAAACCCGCCCCCGUGUUAUCGGCGAUUCCAUCAUUCGUGUGACUGUGGAUCAAGACUCCAAGAUCUUACUGCCCUGUGCCGUGGAGGCCACCCCAGCCCCGUGGAUUGAGUGGGAGAAAGACGGUGAAAUUCUUCCCUCCAAUGUCCCGAGUCAGGAAAACAACGGAAUUGUUACCAUGGAGAUUCCAGAUGCCAAGAGAAGCAACAGUGGCAUCUAUAAGUGCUAUGCUAGGAAUGCGGCAGGAAAUGUGUCCAUAACCUUUGUGGUUGAAGUUCAUGUUCCACCUGUGAUUGAAGAUGCCUUGAAAGAAGUCAUUGCCGUGGGGCUGGGCCAGUCCAUCAUUAUCCCUUGCCGAGCCUCGGGAUUCCCUCCUCCUGAGAUCUCCUGGCAGAAGAACUACCAAGACAUCCCCAAGAACAGCUUGGCCAUGCGGGUCAUGGUGGACGGCUCACUGGUCAUCAAUAGCACCAGGGUAGGAGAUGCUGGGCUCUAUGCUUGCCUGGCUAAUAGUAUAGCUGGAUUCCAGAUGAGAGAGGUCACUCUCAAAGUUCAAGAGGCACCGUACAUUCCUCGGCCUCAACUGACAGAAGAAACUCCCCACUAUGGUUCUGCGGUGCUCCUGACCUGUCCUGUCACUGGUAUCCCACAACCAGACAUCAUGUGGAUGAAGGAUGGUGUACCAGUUGAUCCAUACGAGGCUGAGAUCUUUGCAAAUGGCACAUUGAUACUACGUAAUGUCCAAGGCAGUGACAGCGGCAGAUAUGAAUGUAUCGCUGUCAAUGAGGUUGGCAAUUUCAGUAUCUACAUUGAUGUCACUGUUCAUGUUGAGCCUGAGAUCAGAAACGCUUCCUCAAUCAGUCUUCUCUCAGUCCUGCUCAACCAACGUCUGGACAUGGUCUGUGAGAUCUUAAACUCCGUGCCUCCAGCAACCAUCAUGUGGUACAAGAAUGGUGAACCGUUACCCAGCCAAGACCCUAACUACUUUACCCAAGCUGACAACCAAAUUUUGACCUUUACUAGUGCCCAGACAGCCGAUUCUGGAACCUAUGAAUGUCGUGCCACAAACAAUGCAGGCAGUACCAAGAAAAUCUUCAAUGUUGAAGUCCAAGUCCUACCGGUUAUUGAUGGUCAACCCCCGGGCUCCGGCCCCAUCGACCCUAUCUCAGUCACGGUCACCCAAGACAAAUCCAUUGACCUGCCUUGCCAUGCCAGCGGUAACCCCCAACCCACAAUCACCUGGUACAAGCAAGGUGAACCAGUUACCCAUAAUACACCUGGUGUGCGGGUCAGCCGUGAUGGGACAGUGCUGAGUAUUAGUAGGGCCAAUGUCAUCCAUGCUGGAUUGUUUACAUGCUUGGCAACGAGCAGCAUCGGAAACGCAACGAAGGUCUUUGCAAUUAUGGUUCAUGUUCCACCUGAGAUAGACAAUGCCGAGACCCUCCACAACAUCACCGUCAUACAGAACAACAGGGUUCUUUUGCAGUGUCCAACAGUCGCUAUCCCUGUUGCAAGAAUCAAGUGGUUUAAAGACAACAGGCCUUUGCACACGUCUCAAAACGUUGUUAUCCGAGAUGGUGGUAUGGCGUUAGAGAUUCGUGAUGCACAGUUGCUGAAUAAUGGACGAUACCACUGUGUAGCAACCAACAUCGUUGGAGAAAGCACCAAGUAUUUUGCUGUGGAGGUCUUCAUUCCUCCACAGCCAGUGAACAGCAAUCCAAAUAGCACUUCAGUUGACACCCAGAAAUCUGUCACUCUGAAUUGUGAGAGUGAAGGUUACCCCCUACCUACAAUCACGUGGACGAAAAAUGGAGUGUUCAUUUCACCGGCUAGUUCAAGAUACCAGAUUUCAUCAGGCAUCCUUCAUAUUCCUGAGGUCAGUGUUGCUGACAUGGGCUUCUACGAGUGCUUUGUCUCAAACAUUGCCGGCAACUUUACCAAAUCAUUCACUCUGGAAGUCUUAGUGGCUCCAACCAUCGAGCCUAUCCGUGGCCCCAUCUCGGUCAGCUUGGGUCGUCCCAUCCGCAUCCCUUGCACUGCCUCUGGCAACCCUCGUCCUACCAUCACCUGGCAGAAGAACAAUCAAAUCUUGACCUCUGACAUGGGUUAUACCAUUCUGGACAAUGGGAUGUUGAUGAUUGAUAGUUCAGAGAUGAGUCAUGCCGGACGUUACAUCUGUAUAGCCCGAAGCAAAGCAGGGUCAUCUGUGUUGAGGGUGGACCUACAAGUCCAAGUGAGGCCUUCCAUUGAGGGACCAGCAUUCAGUGAACACUCGGUUACCGAGGAAGACCAGAUCACUCUGUCCUGUGAAGUGAGUGGUAUCCCACCACCCGUCAUUCGUUGGAUCCAUAACAGCCAAGAGAUCACAGGGAACAGUUUCCAUCACAACAUUCUACCCAGUGGCUCAUUGCAGAUACCAGUAGUUCGUCGUGAGGACCAGGGAUUGUAUGUAUGCUUUGCUGAUAAUGGAGUUGGCAUCGCUCAGGUGCAGCGAUAUCUGGAGGUCCAAGUUCCUCCAAGUCCAAAUCCUCGUCAGCCCUCAGAGUUCUUUGUCAAUACGGGUAGUGUUGCUCGCCUAUCUUGCAUCAUUGAUGGCUUCCCACCCCCCACAAUCACUUGGGAAAAGGACGGACAACCCAUUGAUACCUCAAGACGGUUAUCUGUUGAAGACGAUGGCACAUUGGUCAUUCAGCAAGUUCAAGAAAGUGACAGUGGUCAGUAUGUUUGCACGGCAAUCAAUGCAGUUGGACACGUAACGAGAACUGUGGUACUGACAAUACAUGUUGGUCCACGUUUUGUCCGUUUCCCCAAUGACAUUGAGCUUGGCAUCAGAGAUCGUUUGGAGUUGGUCUGUGAAGCACAAGGCAACCCACCUCCCCAGAUUACCUGGUACAUCAAUGGCACUCAGACAGUCAGUCCGCCCACUGUCAAUGGUAGAAGCACCUAUGUGAUUGAUAGUAUCAGUAAGGAUGAUGAAGGAACAUACAAAUGCUCAGCUGAAAACACCUUGGGAAAUCGUGCUGCAUCAGCAGUUGUUAUUGUCAGAGUUCCACCAACUAUUUCAGUCUCUGCUGACGACAAGGUUGUCCGUGUGAGUGACAUCACCGUGUUAGACUGUGCUUCACAAGGUGACCCACCCCCUGAAGUCGUCUGGCUUAAAGGCAAUAAGAUUGUAACCUUCAAUGACAGGAUCCAGAAAGCUCCUAAUGGCUCACUCAUCAUUUACGGGACAAAGCCGGAGGACGCAGGCCGGUAUAUUUGCCGUGUCUUCAACCGUUUUGGCAGUGAUAGUUCAGCAGCGGCUCUUGAAGUUCAGCGGGAACCAACAUUCAUCAUGGAGCCCAGGAACACGACUGCUGACCAGGGCUCAACCAUCAAACUGCACUGCCUAGUGGAAGGGGAACCCAAACCAACGAUCAGCUGGCUUAAGGAUGGUUUCCUUAUCUAUCCUGGUCAGAGAAUCGCCAUCUUGCCUAAUAAGACGUUGGUUAUUGUGGCUGCUAAACGAGAAGACACCGGCCGAUAUGUCUGUCAGGCCACCAACUCAAUGGGCCCUCAGUCUGUUGGGGUCAAUGUCAUUAUAAGAGUGCAUGGACAGUUUUCAGAAUGGGGCCAGUGGGGUGAGUGUAGUAAAACGUGCGGUGAGGGUGCACACCAACGACGUACCAGACAAUGCAACAAUCCGACCCCAGCUAAUAACGGCCGGCAGUGUUCAGGGCCGUCAACUGAUAACAGAGAAUGUAUUCUGCCAAUGUGCCCUAUCGAUGGCAGAUGGAGCACCUGGCAACCUUGGGGGGAGUGCUCUGUUACAUGUGGCACUGGGAUUCGAACCCGAGUCCGUUAUUGUGAUAAUCCACCACCACAGUACAAUGGUAGAGGAUGUGAUGGAGCUCCCAACCAACAGGCUGACUGCAUUAUGAGGAAUUGCCCAGUGGAUGGGAGGUACGGUCCUUGGACCAAUUGGCAGCCGUGCAGCACAACAUGUGGUAAUGGUGAACAGAUUCGAACCCGACAGUGUAACAAUCCACCACCACAGAACUUUGGGCGAGAUUGUUUGGGACCCGCUAUGCAUAAGAGAAUGUGUUCAGAAAGAGAUUGCCCAGUGGAUGGUCGCUGGAAUGAGUGGUCAGCCUGGACAACUUGUACACGUUCCUGCAAUGGUGGCUUGCGAACAAGAUCACGAACAUGUCAAGCCCCACAGAAUAAUGGCAGAGACUGUGUUGGGAACAACAUUGAACAAGACAUCUGCAACGUUGAACGCUGCCCAAUCCACGGUAAUUGGUCUCCAUGGGAGGCGUGGACAAGCUGCAGUGCCUCGUGCGAUGGUGGGCGACAGUAUCGAUCCCGUUCUUGUACUCGUCCUGCUCCACAAUACAAUGGCAGACGCUGUCCUGGCAAAUCUCAGGAAGUCCGAAACUGUAACCAGGAGGAAUGCAGACGGAAUGGUAACUGGAGUCCUUGGUCAGCAUGGAGUCCAUGUUCUCAGACGUGUGGGGACAGUGAGAGUAUCAGAGAACAUACCUGUGACAAUCCAGCCCCAGCUAAUGGUGGCUUGCCAUGUGUUGGUCCUCGGACACAAGUCAGGAAGUGUAAUGUCCCAUCAUGCAUAGGAGGCCCAAUUGAAGCUGUGGCCCAAGUAUCCGGUAACAUUAACGGAGAAGAGUUUGGUACAACCCUGCUCAUCUCUAAUGUCUCAUCUGAGACUCAAGGCUUCAGUCUAGUCAGAGCAAGAAUGUACGACAUACCGGCCUCUGUUGGUUAUGCUCUGCGAUAUCUGAUCUCUUUAAUUUCACCCAUCUAUUGGACCAGUGCCUAUGAAGUUGGUGAUGCCAUCAAUGGCUAUACACUCACCAAGGGCAACUUUGAACGAGAAACUGAAGUAGUCUUUGGAUCAGGUGAAACCAUGAGGAUUACGUACCGAGUGACAGGCGUAGAUGCAGAUGGCGUCCUGAAACUGAGUAUCAUCGUGACUGGUGAAGUUCCCGAGUUCUACCCAGAGGACCAAGUCAUCUUUCUUCCUUAUGAUGAGGAUUAUAUCCAGACAGGGCCGGGUGAGAUCUUUGCCCAAUCCCGACGAGUCUUUACGGUUAAUGGUAUCCCCAUACCCUAUGCCUGGAAGCAUCUGAUUAGCUACGAUCAAUCCGGUGUGAGAAUGCCAUUCUUGGUGGAGACACUGAAGGCAAGAGGACUGCAGGGGAACUUCAAGCCAGCAGAGCAGAUGAUGGAAUAUGGCCUGCAAGUCUCCAUACAUGAAGGUAGCCCAAGUAACCAGUGCCCACAAGGAUUCUACUUCGACCAAUCAGGACCCUUUUGCAGAGAUGAAGACGAGUGUGCACAAAGUGGAACGUGCCACCACCGAUGUAGGAACACACCUGGCAGUUACGAGUGCUCAUGUUUAAGAGGUUACAAGUUGGAUCGCAACAACAGGUGCUCUGACAUUAAUGAAUGUGAGGCAAAGCCACAACUCUGCUCAGCCAAUCAGGAUUGUCAGAACAUCCCUGGCAGUCAUCUCUGUUUAACCAGUUGCAGAGCAGGUUUCAGGAGACUACCAACAGCUCUGACAUGCAGUGAUGUUAACGAAUGUGAAGAUAUAGAUGAUUUGUGUGAUCAUCAGUGUCAGAAUACCUUGGGUAGCUAUAGAUGUAGAUGUAACCGUGGCUUUGAGCUGCAAGGAGGAAGCCGAUGUGUAGACAUUAACGAGUGUGAACGACCCGAUGCAUGUGUAUCCAGAGAUCAGCAAUGUACCAACACACUUGGAAGCUUCACUUGCAUAACUGUUUGCCAGAAUGGUUUUGAAAGGGCACCUAAUGGAUCCUGUGCUGAUAUCAACGAGUGUUCAAAUCCCAUAUGGAAUCGUUGCUCUCGUAUUCAAACUUGUAAGAACACCUACGGUGGCUAUACUUGCCUGUGUCCCAGAGGAUUCAGAAAUGACCAGCAGACAAAUAUAUGCCUUGAUAUUAACGAGUGUCGUGACAGCCCUUGUAGCUACGAGUGUCGUAACACUAGGGGGAGUUACGAGUGUAUCUGCCCAGAAGGUAUGCUGAGGUUGAGCGACCGUAGGACAUGUGUGGGGAGAGCCGUAGGUCCAAAUGAACAAUUGAUUGUUCCUACUCAACGGCCAGAGAUUUGCAGUCUGGGUUACCAGCUUGUCAACAAUGUAUGCAUUGAUGUUGACGAAUGUCAGGUGGGUCGUCAACGGGGCCACAGUUUCUGUCAGGGAACUUGUACGAACACAGAGGGAAGUUAUACUUGUUCCUGCCCUGCAGGUUACAGGCUGAGCGAGGACAAGACCAACUGCAGAGAUAUUAACGAGUGCAAAUCAGACCGAUGCGGACGAGAUAGGAUGUGCUUCAACACCUUAGGAAGCUACGAAUGUGUUUACGUCCCAUGUCCAAGGUUCUAUCGAAGAGCUGAACUACAAACCUCAGAAGGCACUCAGUUCAGUUGCAUUAAAGAGUGUCCCCGCAAUGCUCCUGACUGCUACGAUCUUGAAGAUUCCAUCCGUUAUAAGACUUUAGCCCUGGCCAGAGAUUACAGCGAUGGAUGGCCGACUCGGGAUCUCUUUGAGAUGAAAGUAGUCAACAUACGUGAUGGCAGACCUGAAGAAAAUUCCUACUUCACCAUCAUCGAUGAAAGAGGAUCACAAGAGUACUGUAACUGCAUAAUGCCGUUCAGAAUACGGCGGCAAAAUGGUAAGACACUCGUGGCUACAACUUCCACACUGGACAAGCCCAAGCAGUAUAAACUGACUGUCAAAGCAUCAGUCUACAAUGAACAAAAUGUCUUCCAGUAUGCAACCAGAGAUAUCAUCUUCAUAUCGGUGUCUGCAUAUCCUUACUAAGCAAUCAAGCUAGGGGGCACUCUUUGCAACAUUCAUUCGUCAGCCCUUAGCUGCCAGGUACAUGUAUGCUUUUCUUUAGAUUACGCUGUCAUGUAAGGAAUCUUGAAAGGUUUUGUCAGAAAACCUACACAGCAUUGGGAAGAAAAUCAAAGUUGCCAUGAAUCAAAGAAUUGUCCUUCCUGUAUGAUGGGAUAUCUGUCCAUUAUUAUUUACUAAAUUUGGUACGUAUAUAAAAAAUGUAUAUAAACACUAGCUAGGCUUGUUAUUUGUGCGUGUUCAAAAGCUGCCUUACUGGUAGAUCUAUCUACAGAACUAACAAGUAGACUUUUAAAGAAAGUAUUUUGGGUGUCAAAAUCUAUUUUUAUCUCUUUAAAAUGUUUUAUUUUUAACGGCUGAUAAUGGGGCAAUUUGAAACACAGUUUGCUUCUAGCACUGGCAUUUAAUUACAAGCCCGCUGCUUAGGUAACAAGUAUUGUUAUUUCUUAAAUCUUGAUAGCAUUGUUAUUUUUUGUUGAAAUCAUGUUGGAGAUCUUUGGCAACAUUCUGUUGGUUUCUUUCAAAUUAACUUUGGUGAGUAACCAUGCACAGCUGACUAAGAUGGCUGAGCUGUCCUGAAAAUAUGAAAGAAAAGUUUAUAUUCUCGGCCUGGGAAAUGUAGGCUGAUAAUAUACAAGGUCAAACCCACUGAAAAAAAAAGUAACUUAGGGCUUAUCAUGACCAAAAUGGACAUUGUGAUAUCGUGUCUCGAAUCAUUUGAAAUUCUUUCAUCCAAUGCAGUAAGUUUUGUGUGGUAAUUUUUGUGUGAUUUUUGUAAAAUUGGACACUGAAAACAAUAAUAGUUCAUAAACGGCUCAUUUUAGAAUUGUUAGUAAUCAGAAAUAUGUAUGUCAUUAUCUUGUUAAAAUAUCUUGUCUUCACUCUGAACUUUAUCUUUUAAAUUGGAUACAAAAAUGAUAUUCCUGGUUGGAAUUAUUGGAAGUGUUAGCAAUGAAAUCAAGGAAUAGUCAGCUUUAACCUUCUGUUCUAUGUAUUAGAUAACAAAACCCUUUUAUAGAUUUGUACAUAUGUAUAAUUUGUAAUUGCAGACAGUUUAAUUUUAAACAGGUUGUUUAAAAGGCGAACAAUCACUAAAUUUCGGAAAUUGCUCGACUAAAACCUGUUUUCAUGAAAAAAAGGCAACAUUGCUUUUGAACAGGAUUGAGUUGAAGUCUAUUUGAAAGUUGUGUUUGUGUACAAAACAAUGGAUUUUGUCACAAUUUUUUCUUUUUUUCAGGAAUUUUCUUGGUUUUCCUGAGUACAGGUCUCAAUAGUUUUCCGUUUUGUAUUUGUGCAUGCAGAUGCCAUGUUGUUAUUCUCCUGCAUAUGUCUGAUCAAAAUAAAAUAAUCUCUAAAAACAGAUAACAUACUGU